AUGCCGAUUCCUACAGAGGCCAAUGGCAGCGUGCACGCGAAGCCCAAGGUCCUCAUUCCGGAGAAGGUGUCUCCAGACGGCCUUGCACUUCUCCAGAAGACGCUGGAGAUCGACGAAAAGCGAGGAUUGACACCGGAGCAGUUGCUCGACAUCAUACCCGACUAUGAAGCUCUCAUUGUGCGUUCGGAGACCAAGGUCACAGCAGACCUGCUGAAGGCAGCGAAGAAGCUCAAGGUUGUUGCGAGAGCUGGUGUGGGUGUCGACAAUGUCGACGUGAAUGCAGCUACGAAGCUUGGUAUCAUUGUGGUGAACAGUCCCAGCGGAAACAUCAAUGCUGCGGCUGAGCAUACCAUUGCUUUGAUGAUGGCCGUAGCGAGAAAUGUAGCCCAAGGUUGUUCGAGCCUGAAAGCCGGGAAAUGGGAGCGGAGCAAGUUUACAGGUAUCGAGCUCAAGGGCAAGACGCUUGCUAUUGUUGGAGCUGGCAAAGUUGGCUUGACUGUUGCCAGAAUCGCUAACGGUUUUGGCAUGAAUUGCAUCGCUUACGAUCCUUACGCCAACCCAGCGCUUUGCGCAGCGGCACAGGUCGCUCUCAAGGAUUCGAUGGACGAGCUUUUUGCGGAAGCCGACUUCCUGACCAUUCACACGCCGAUGAUUGCUUCUACAAAGGGCAUGAUCAGCAGCGCUGAGCUGGGAAAGAUGAAGCCAACUGCACGGAUAUUAAACGUUGCACGAGGUGGUAUCAUUGACGAAGGUGCCUUGCUCGAGGCCCUUGAUGCAGGGAAAAUUGCUGGUGCCGGUCUGGAUGUCUUUACAUCAGAACCCCCAGCUGAGGAUUCGACCGCUGCAAAAUUGAUCGCACAUCCAAAGGUGGUAGCAACUCCACAUUUGGGGGCUUCGACGAGAGAGGCUCAGGAGAAUGUUUCGAUCGAUGUUUGUGAGCAGGUCGUGCAGAUCCUGGGAGGCGCGUUACCACGCUCUGCAGUCAAUGCGCCUCUAAUUCUACCGGAAGAGUACCGAACCUUGGCGCCUUUUGUGGAGCUCGUGGAGCGCAUGGGCAGCCUUUACACCCAAUAUUAUGGUUCGCAGAUGCGAGGGGAAGGGAAGGACUUCCGUUCAACCUUCGAUCUUACAUACGAGGGAGCGUUGGCGAAUCUAAACACGACGAAGCCUCUCUUCGCUGCCUUUGUCAAAGGCUUGACAGCGGCCAUCAGCGGCCCCGAGAGCUCAAAUGUAAACAUCGUCAACGCCGAGCUCAUCGCCAAGGAGCGCGGUAUCCUUAUCAAUGAGCAACGCUCGCGCGAGCAAACCUCCGACGAGGGUUUCAGCUCCAUCGUUACUGUCCGCGCACGACCUAGCAGAUCCUCCUCCGUGCCUGCCACUGCGUCAACCGAAGAUCCACCCAAGCAGCUCCGUGAGCAAGUUAUCCAGGGCCACGUUUCGGGCGGGCAGCCGUACAUCUCACGCCUGGGCCGCUUCCGCGCCGACUUUGUGCUCGACGGAAACCUGUUGAUUUGCAGGAACUUCGAUAGUCCUGGUAAGAUAGGACACGUGGGACAGGUGCUUGGAAAAGCGGGCGUGAACAUCAAAUUCAUGAGCGUGGCGCCACUAGAGUUUGGGGCUCCUGGCCAAGGUGACAAUGAGGCAUUGAUGAUUCUCAAGGUCGACGAACCGCCGAGUCCGGAGGCUAUCAAGGGCCUGAUCGGCGAUGAGGGCGUCGUUGCCGCCACGGUAGUGAUCUUGUAG